AUCCAGAUGCAUUCCGAAGGAAAAUUUUGCGUCACUGACAUCUGAAGCGACACCUAUCAUAAUAAAAAUGAAGAAAAUGGCGAUCCUCUGAAAUAAUGAUUAACGAUAGUGAAGGACCACAAAACGGAGGGUCUCUGGGACCUGUUUCCGGAGCAAUAGGCAUGAUGACUAAACAGCAAGAUGAAUCUAUUCAACGGCCACAGUAUUCAAUGCCUGGAAUAUUGCAUUUCUUGCAGACAGAAUGGUCCCGUUUCGAGAUGGAGCGAUCGCAAUGGGAAGUUGAACGUGCAGAACUCCAAGCUAGGAUUGCAUUUUUACAAGGAGAAAGAAAAGGGCAAGAAAAUUUAAAACAAGAUCUUGUCAGAAGAAUAAAAAUGUUGGAAUAUGCCCUGAAACAGGAAAGGUCAAAAUACCACAAGUUAAAAUAUGGAACAGAAAUCAAUCAGGAUGACUUGAAGCCUCCUGCAUUAGAAAAGAAAGAUGACGAACCUGAGCAAAACGAGAUAACAACAUCAAACAGUAAUGUAUCAUGGCGACAAGGAAGACAUUUACUCAGGCAAUAUUUACAAGAAAUAGGAUACACAGAUACAAUCAUUGAUGUGAGAUCAGCUCGAGUAAGAUCAUUACUGGGACUACAGGCUCAUAAUAUAGAGAAUGAAGCAGAAGGAGCACAGCCAGCACUGGUGAAUGGAGAAUUAUCACCAGCCAAAAGAAUUAAUGACCAAGGAAAAGCAAGGCCUGCUGGUAAGAAAGUGCCUGCUUCAUUAGUGGAUGAUAUUUUUAUGGAAAGUGAAAAGUCUGUUCUUGCUACCCUUGAUUUCCUUGAUAAUGAAGGCAUUGAUGAUGACGACGACGAUGAUGACGAUGAUGAUGAUGACAAUGAUGAAGAAGAUAUUAUGGCAGCAGACGAGAAAAGAGAAGUAAGAAGAAUUGUCAAAAGGCCUGGUCCUGGUGUUGAUGGUAUUAUUGCUGGUGAUGAAGAAACAGAAGAAGCUCUUAGAGAAUUUGAUUUCCUUGUUGCUGAAAAUGAAGACGGCGCUGGAGAGACACGUAGUCAUGGUGAUGGACCAGAAUGGGAGAAGAAAGAUGAUGAAUGGAAGGUUGAUCCUCAAAAACUAUCUAAAUUUAAAGAACAGUGUGAAAAAGAAAGAAAAGGCAAAAAAUCAAGACCAAAAAGAUCAGCAUUACAAGCCAUGCUUGCUAAUCUAGGCACUGAAGACGAUGUGCAUGCUGGGGCAGCAUCGUCAGGACAAUCUCCUCCUUCAUCUUCGGGAAAUAGCAUGCCCGAUAUAGAUGAAAUGGGCGUUCAGGGUGGUGGAUCCAUGCCAUUUUCAUCGUCCAAUAAUCAGCGACAGAUAAUGAAUGCUGAGGAAGAUGCUCUGGAAGCAUUAGAACUGGGGGAGUUAGCUGGAAUAACUCCUCAGGACGAAUUUGACCCUGUUAAUAAUAAUUAUGAUAAUUUGUCACCAAAAGAACCUUUCAGGAAAACUUGGAAUGCCAAGUACACAUUACGAAGCCAUUUUGAUGGUGUUCGAGCCCUGGCCUUCCAUCCUGUUGAACCUGUUUUAUUAACAGCUUCUGAAGACCAUACGUUAAAAUUAUGGAAUUUACAGAAAACAGUCCCUGCAAAAAAAACUGCAUCAUUAGAUGUUGAACCUGUAUAUACGUUUAGGGCACAUAUAGGGCCAGUAUUAUGUUUAGCCAUUAAUGCUACAGGGGAACAGUGUUACAGUGGUGGAAUAGAUUCUACAAUCAAAUGUUGGAAUAUACCUAAUUCAAACAUAGAUCCAUACGAUUCAUUUGAUCCAAGUGUUCUACAAGAAACUUUAGUUGGCCAUACAGAUGCAGUAUGGGGUUUAUCAAUACACUCAUCUAAAACACAACUUCUGUCAAAUUCUUCUGAUGGAACAGUGAAGUUAUGGAGUCCAGGAGCCAAAUCUCCAUUACUGAAUUCAUUUACAGCAGAUACUGAUGAUGGUGUACCAACAUCUGUCGAUUUUGUGCGUUGUGAUCCAAGCCAAAUGGUAGCUUCUUACACAUCUUCAAAUACUUACAUUUAUGAUUUAGAAACUGCAAAACAAAUACUCUGUUUAGAAACUAAAAUCAAUAUAGAUGCUAAUAAUAGUAAUCAAAUAAAUAGAAUAAUAACACAUCCAACACGUCCAGUCACUAUUACAGCACAUGAAGACAGACACAUUAGAUUUUUUGACAAUAAUACAGGUAAAUUAAUCCAUUCAAUGGUGGCCCAUUUAGAUGCUGUGACGAGUUUAGCAAUUGAUCCAAAUGGACUUUAUUUAUUGUCUGGAAGUCAUGAUUGCUCUAUUAGGUUAUGGAAUUUGGACAGUAACACUUGUGUACAAGAAAUAACUGCACAUAGGAAAAAAUUUGACGAAUCAAUAUUUGAUGUUGCUUUUCACCCGUCAAAGCCUUACAUAGCUAGUGCUGGAGCAGAUGCAUUAGCUAAAGUGUUUGUAUGACCCGGAAAAUAAGGCUUAGGAUAUAGCUAAUUACCAUUCAAUGCAAAAAGUAAAGGCCCUGGCCUAAACUGUCUGUGCCCAGGGAACAUAAUCAUGCUGUGUUCAUUUGUAAGCUUGGAACACAAGGAAACAUGUAUGUCCGGAGAGAGAGUAAAUAUUCAUGAGAAUUUGUAAAAAAAAAGAUUUUGUAUUUAAGAAGUUUUUGUGUAGUGUACAAAAGACAAUUAACAAAUUAGAUUUUUAAAACAAUUUGCAGAAACUGUAUUUAUUUAUGUUUAAUACAGUAAAUCUAUGAGUGAUACACAGUUAGUGCUAUUCAAGUUUUUCUUUCAUUCGUUAUAUUUCAGUUUAUAUUGUAGGCAAUAUAAAAUAUGCUAGCAGACACAAAUUUUUGGAGGGGGUUCAUAUUUAUUUAUCCGUCCAUACAAAAGUAUAAAUCAACAAAAAGAUAUGAGAGGGGUUAAAUAGGUAUUUGGUCCAAAUAUGUAAAGCAAUAAUUAGCAGGAAAUUUAUACAAAUUUGAUAUAACAAUUUGACCUUAUGAUAUAUUCCAGUGAAGACUUUUAUUCACAAGUAUACUGUAUUUACAAUUGAAAAUAAGAUAGUUAUUUGCAGUUUACAAAAUACCUAAAAAGUGAAUUUAGUGUUCGUUGUUAUGUUAUUUACUGAAAUCAGUAAAUUAUGUUUUAAUGACCCAUUAACAAUUAAUACAAAAAGGAAUUAAUUGUAUUCAUAUUAUGGACCAAAGAAACCCCAGUAAAUGUUCAAUUCAUCCUUUUUACAUAUAAACAAAAUAAUCUUGUUUUUUUUCCUUUUUGCUUUCUAUCCUUCUAUGAAGGGGAAAAGAGUAGAGCAAAAGUAAAGAUAAGUAAUUAUGUUCCCAGUCCCAUGGCCUAUAUAUGUGAUAAAACAAUGUCACGAAUUCAUACUAACAUGUUUUAUGUAUAUGCCAAAAGUGACAGUUAUUUAUUUAUUUCGAAUUAUUAAAAAAGUGUAUUGCAACUCAUCACUUAUUUUCAUUUCAGUUUAACAAUUAUGUUUUAAUAAGCAUAUCAGAGAUUAAGUUAUAAUUCAUUGUUUAUUUUAUGCAUUUAUUAUUUUCAAUUCAUUUGUAUGUAGACUCGCUAUAGAUACUCAUUUCACAUCAACACUAUUCUUUCUCACCUUUAUAUAUAACACUUAUAUAUAUAUUGCAAGUAUAUAUUAGAUUUUCAGUUGGAUUAAUGCUUGUGAACCAUCUAACUUGAAAUUAUAUUAUCUACCUCUUAUAAGUGAAUUGUAAUCAGCAAAUUUAUUCAAUGUAACUCAGUUUAAAGAAAGCUCACUUGUUUUAAAAGCAUAGUAUUCUAAAUUUUGUCAUCUAUCAGUAUGCUAGAUAUACCUCUCCGCCAAAUGUACUUUAUUCAUUGUUUCUCUAUGAAGAUUGAAAUUCUGUGGAGAUGCCCAGUCAUGCAUUCAAAUUAAUCAUACAAGGGAUAUGUUUCAGUUUAUUUUGCCCUAUACAUACAUGCAUAGGUAAUGGAAAAGUAAACCUUCUUAUAUUUAUAUUGACAACUCAGAUAUUCUAGGAGAAAAAUUGUCCAAAGAAUGAAAACCAACACUUCAUAGAAAAAGAAGGUAACAAACUGACAUGUCAAUUUUCCAACAUAAGAAAGGUAUUACUAUAUAAAACUAAUUUGCUCGAUGGACCAUUGUGCAAUAAAACAUCUGCUAAAUCCAAAUUAUAUCGGAAUCAAAAUAUACAUGUAGGUAUAAAAUAUCAUAAUUAUAAACCAAGGGUAUAUAUUUUGAGAUAUUAAAAUUGCGGUUAAUCUUUUCAUUCUUUCUCUCCAUAGUUCAAAGAUCUUACAUUAAAUGUUAAUCUACAAUCUGUCAAAUAUAACCAAUUUUUACUAUCUAUGUACUGUAUGAUUACUCUUGUGAUACGUUAUUUUUAACCUCAGAUUUACUCCCAUAGAAGUUUGUGUAGUAUGUUAGCAUAUACUUUAGUUACUUACACUGAUGCAGAUGAAGCUUAAUUACUAUUUUAUUUAUUUUUGGAAGCAAACCAGUAGAAAGGAUGAUGCAGGGUUUGGAAAAGGUUGUUCUUAAUACAAAAAUAAUAAUGAUAUGUUUAUGUGAAAGAAAAUACAAAAUAUAUAAAUAUUAACAUUGAAAUAUUAUUGACAAAAAUCAUAAUUAAUAUCGGUGAACAUAUAUUGUUUCAUUUGUUCUAAAUACAAAAUUAUAAUAUGUUAACUUAAAAGAAAAUAUAUUGACAUUGAAAUAAUAUAGAAAAAAAAUCAUAAUUAAUUUCUGACCGUGAACACAUAUUGUUUCAUUACUUAGAUAUAUAUAUAUUAAUCCAUGUAUUACAUUUAUAUAGUCUUUUCUUCUCGAUUUUUUUACUGAGAGAAGAAAGGGUUCUAUCUAAAGAUAAAGGAAAAAUUGGGUAAAAUUUAGUAAGAAUGUUAAAAUAGUUUAUUGUGUUUUCUUAAUAAUUCUAAAAGAACAAUUUUUCAGCCAAAUUGCAGAUUGAAAAGAAACAAUUAUAUAUUAGAAAGAAAAAUAAUUUAUAAUUUGCAAGAAAGAAAAAUGCUAGUCCAAUAGAUUACGCACAUUUAAAUGUUGCAUAUGCAUGCCUAAGGAAAGUUAUCAGUUUGUUUCUGUCUAAGUUCUGUAUUUUCUAGAAACUUGUUUGCUAUCCUAGAACUACUUUUCACUGGCGUUAAGUUAAAUGAUCAACAAUCUUUGAACUGGAGUUUUUGUUAUUACUAAUUUGUCAAAAAUAUUCCUUAAUAUAUUUAAAUUGACUGAAACUUGAAUUCCACUUUGACGAGUUAUCAUCAAUUUAGUAGUCAAGUCUUGCCAGUUUAACAGUAAAAUGUUUUAACAAAUUUCAUUUUAAAGGAUAGUUGGUGUAUAGUUUACUGUAGACAAUUAUACUUGUUCUUUAUGAAAUUCUCAACAAAUGAAACAUAGGUGUCACAGUUGGUAAUGUUUGUGUUAAGGUAAGAUUUAAACAAACCCCUUACAAUUAUAUAAAAUUUAGUGUUCUCUAUUUUGUCAGCAUUAGUGCAUUCUUCUGGUUCCAUUGACUUUUAAAAUAUAAAUAUUCUUUAAUGGCCAGUUAAUUUUUAAGGAACACAAUGAUAUUUGAGAUGCAGUUGCAUUGAAAUAUUGCAAAGGAAAAUAAGGCUACUAUAAGAAGUACUUUAAAAGUCACAUAAACCCCAAGUACCAUUUAUGUAAACUAUUGUCAAUUUUGCUAUUAGCAGUCUAGGCAUCUGUUUAUAACUCUUUAUUUCAACAGCUGAUAAUUGAAUUUGAGUAAAAGUAGGUUCAUCAUUUAAGAAAUUAAAUGACCGGCAUAAUAUUUUACAAAAUCUAAUAUUAUACAUGUCAAACAGGUUUAUUGAUUAAUCCAGAAGUUGAUUUUGAUCAGGAAAUGUCAAAAUAGAUACAAUCAUGUUAUAAUAUGUUUACUGGAAGUGUGCUUUAUAUGUGUACCAAAGAUCCUUUAAAUAUGGCUGUUCUUAAUUAUCCUGUCUUCCUUUAUCCUAGGUUUAGUGUUAAGAUUUAGUAUGUAGAAAUGUCAUAUUAGACAAAGACACUAUGUUAGUUUGACAGUUCUAGUCAACUAAUGUAUCACAAUCUGGGUAAUACUAUUUAUAGUGCUAUUAGUAGAUAAGUAGUGAAGCAAUAGUAAAUGACGGAAAACGUAAUGCCAUGUUACUUUUUUGAGCUAAUAAACAACUGGUAUGUCAUACUUUACUUUGCUUUGAUUUUUUAGUCAUCAUGUAUAUGAUGUGCCAAAUAUGUAUUUGUAUGGUUUAGGAUCUAUGCAUCUUAGAAAGAAGGUUAUAUACAGAGUUUGUACUUCAUCAUGAAAAGCUUUUUUUAAAUUAAAAACUUGUGGACUAUUGUAAUUGACAUUAUAUUCAGAAAGAGAAAAUUAAUAAAUGUCUUAAGUUUUGAUUUAUAUCUUUCGAAAUGUUAUUUUUUUUAAUACAAUUGUUGCAAGUCAUUUGUUGACUGAUUUUUUUUUAGAAUUACUUGUGUGUUUUGCUAUGUCAUUGACCAAUGCUGUAUUCUGUAUGAAAUAUUGUUUUCACAAGAAAGGUUUGUGUUGACAUCAGACCAGACAAUAUGUUUAUCUCUAUAAAUACCUAAAUCAAUUAUUACAUCAAAAGAUUAGUCUGUGAUUUAUUAUUCUGGAGAUUUUUAUUGAUGGAUCUAAGGGAGUCAUGACUUUUUAUUUUGUUGUGCUCAACAAUUGCCUUUCAGAGAUAAAAUGUUGAAAACAUAAAACUUGGAUAUUCUUUAGAAUAGAUGUGACUUUAAACAGUGAUUUACCUUUUCUUUUUAUUUAAGCAACAAGCUUGUAAAUGAUUAGAUGCAUUGACUUUACUCUAUAUAAUAACAGAUAGUCGUUCCACAACUACAACAUUACAAUCAUAAACAUUUUGGUUCAGAAGAUAAACCGCAGCUAAUAUAUGUAUGUUUUUGAUCAUAAAAUAUUAAAGUAUUAAAUAUA